AUGAUUCUUCGGGCUGGAUUAUUAAUAAUCGCAGCGGUCAGACCUUUAUGUCCACAAAUUUACCACGCAGCGCAUCACUCACCGAAACUAAGCAACCUUUUAGACAAGAAUUUCCUGUUUAUAGCACCAAAAACCAACUUUGUUAGUAGAAAAAUGUCCACUGACGCUGUCAAGUAUGACUUCGCUGUGAUUGGAGGAGGCCCAGGAGGCAUGGCUGCGGCCAAAGAGGCAGCCAGAUUGGGGGCAAAAGUAAUUAUUUUUGACCAUGUAAAACCCUCGCAUAGGGGCACUUCUUGGGGAUUUGGCGGGGUCUGUGUUAACGUGGGUUGUGUACCUAAGAAACUUAUGCAUUAUGCGUCACUUUUGGGCGUUGCAAGACAGGAUAUUAAAAAGCUAGGCUAUCAAAUAAACGAUGUAGAUUCCACAAUAAAUUGGACUACGAUCAAAGACUUGGUGUCUAACUACAUAAAGAUGCUUAAUUUUUCAUAUCGUUCUUCACUCAUUGUCAAGGGAGUUAAAUAUGUAAACAGGCGCGUAUCGCUUAAAUCUGCCAAUGAAAUAACAUACACUGACACGGAUGGCCGUGAAAUUGUUGUUUGUGCCAAAUACAUACUACUUGCUAUAGGCGACAGGCCGCAUACACCACCUGAGAUUGAUAAGAGUUUAGUCAUUACUUCUGAUGACUUGUUUUACUUAAAUAAUGAUCCGGGAAAGACGUUAGUUGUGGGAGCUUCAUAUGUUGCUUUGGAAUGCGCAGGCUUUUUGACAGGAAUGGGUUAUCACGUAACAGUUGCUGUUAGAUCCAUUGUUUUGCGAGGUUUUGAUAGGCAGUGUUCAGAGAAGGUGGCAAACUUGAUGGAAAACACCGGAACCCACUUCAAAUAUGGGAUUCUACCAAUCAAUAUUGUUAAAGAAUGCGAUGGAAAACUUAAAGUAGUCUUUUCAGACAACUCAAUAGAUACCUUUGACACCGUACUAUACGCAACUGGUAGAUCGCCAGAUCUAGCAGAUAUGAAUUUACAAAAUGUUGGCAUUCAGUUAUCCCCAAAUGGGAGAAUUAUAGCUGAAAAUGAUCAAACUUCAGUGCCUAACGUGUUUGCUGUUGGCGAUAUCGUAGAGAAUCGUCCCCAAUUGGCUCCAGUUGCAAUUAAAGCUGGGGAAAUGCUAUCUCGUAGGCUAUUUGGUAACUCAAAACAAAUGAUGGAUUAUUCAAAUAUACCUACAACAAUAUUUACCCCUUACGAAUUUUCCACUUGUGGUCUAAGUGAAGAACAGGCUAUUGACAAGUAUGGAGAAAACAAUUUAACCAUAUAUUUGAGCGAGUUCACAAGUUUGGAACAGUCUCUAGCACAUAGGAUGAAGACAAGGCAUUUGAUUACUGACGAAUUUGAUACUGACCUUCCUCCUACAUGUUUGAGCAAGUUGAUUGUGGAAAAGGGCACUGAUUUGGUUGUUGGAAUUCAUUUUGUUGGUCCAAAUGCAGGUGAAGUAAUGCAGGGAAUGGCAUUAGCUAUGAAACUAGGAGUUAAAAAGUCGGAUUUUGAUUUAACACUGGGUAUCCAUCCAACGGAUGCAGAGAGUUUUAUGAAUUUGAAUGUGACGAAGGAUUCGGGUGAGUCCUGGGUAUCAUCCGGUGGUUGUGGUGGGGGCAAGUGUGGUUGA